CCAAUUCGCAAUCUCGUUCCUCUCGUUCCCGAUUCUCUCCUGGUGGAGAUUAAUCCAUUGACCGGGCCGGAGUGUUACAGUUCCUCACUCCCUCCCUUUCUCCCGUGCCCAGCACUGUCGUGGCAUAGUUCGGGUUUGUAUGCAUGCGAGUUCCGUGUUCUGAAGCUUGAAAUCGGAGCCAUAUUCUUUUCGCGGCAGAGGAGGAAGAAGGGGAUAUGGCAGAUAAUGGAGAAAUACCGGAAGGGACAGUGCGGAAUAUACUGGAUCAAGAAACUCUCAAGUGGGUUUUCGUCGGAGGGAAAGGCGGAGUCGGGAAGACCACUUGCAGCUCCAUCCUCUCCAUUCUUCUGGCCAGCGUCAGAUCGUCGGUUUUGAUCAUAUCCACUGAUCCGGCUCACAAUCUCAGCGAUGCUUUCCAACAGCGCUUCACCAAGUCGCCGUCUUUGGUCAAUGGCUUCACCAAUCUCUACGCUAUGGAGGUGGAUCCCACUGUUGAAAGUGAAGAGGUGGGUGGCAACGAGGAGAUGGAUACUUUGUUCUCUGAACUAGCCAACGCAAUCCCUGGUAUUGAUGAAGCCAUGAGCUUUGCGGAAAUGUUGAAGUUGGUUCAAACAAUGGAUUAUAGUGUUAUUGUGUUUGAUACCGCCCCAACUGGUCACACUCUCCGGCUACUACAAUUUCCCUCGACGUUGGAGAAAGGUCUUCAGAAAAUGAUGUCCUUAAAACAUCGAUUUGGUGGAUUGUUGACCCAGGUGACUCGUAUGUUUGGUAUUGAUGGUGACUUCGGAGAAGACGCAAUUUUGGGGCGACUCGAGGGCAUGAAAGAUGUAAUUGAACAAGUGAACAGGCAGUUCAAAGACCCAGACAUGACCACAUUCGUGUGUGUCUGCAUUCCAGAGUUCCUAUCUCUUUAUGAAACAGAGAGAUUGGUCCAGGAACUUACCAAGUUUGAAAUCGACACGCAUAACAUUAUCAUCAACCAAGUGCUUUACAAUGAAGAUGAUGUUGAAUCCAAAUUGCUAAAAGCAAGAAUGCGGAUGCAGCAGAAGUACCUUGAUCAGUUCUACAUGUUAUAUGAUGACUUCCACAUCACCAAGCUGCCAUUGUUACCAGAGGAGGUCACUGGAGUCGAAGCUCUGAAGAACUUUUCAAGCCGGUUCCUGACACCGCAUCAACCUUCAGCUGGAAAUUUAACAGUGGAAGAUAUGGAAGAAAGGGUAUCCAGUCUUAAGAAGAAAUUGGAAGAUGCAGAGUCAGAGCUAGAGAAACUGAGGAAAGGGAAGCAAAAGGCCUAGUGAGUGAACCAAGGCAACAGCCUUACUGUGUCCCUCCCACAUUUGGAUUAGAUGAUAGUCUGGAGUUUGUGCUACUUUUGAAAUUAUGAUGUGGUGGUAAAUCCAUUUCAUUGGCUCGACAUGGCCGGAAUGCCAGACGGCAGCAGUGAAGGGGAACGCUUGGACUACUGGCUUUGAGAUUAGAUUCAGUAAGCGGCAGCCAGCUGAGAAACUCCUCCAUAGAUUAUAGAGACAGAGCUGCUUGUCCUUUUUGUUUCUGGGGCAGAACAUAAUAUGUUUUCAAUUGAGUACAUGAAGCUUUUCCGGUGCUCGUUUCAGUACUUUUAGUUAUAGGUUUUGGCAGCUAUAGGUGUUAUUGGCGUGGAGCAAUUGGAUGGAUUAUGUGGGUAUACAAUAAUUAGGGUGAUUUCUGAUUUGUAUACUUUCAGUGAUAGCUAAUAAGUAGAAUCUAGAGGAAAUUAAAAU